UUGUUCGCGCGCAAAGAAGGGAGCUCAGUUAUGUCGGACGAAGAAGGGAAAGGGCUGGCGGUUGGUGCACUGGACGUGGUGCUACUGCUGGUUGCCGUGGCUGCCGUAGGUCUCCUGCUAUUGAGGUGGAGAAGGCGCGGGAAGAAAGAGAGCGUGCGGAGCGUCAGCGUACCUUCACUAUCGUUGGGACGUCCAGUUGAGAACUACGGUGGAGUAGGUGGCAACUUCCUGUCCAGAAUGAAAUCCACUAAAAAGCGGGUGGUGGUGUUCUACGGGUCCCAGACAGGAACUGCUGAGGAGUUCUCAUCUCGUCUUGCCAAACAAGCCGCUCGCCACGGGCUGCCGGCGAUGACCUUUGACCCAGAGGAAUGCACUGAUUGGAAGCCCACUCCCCCCUCUCUUUCUCUCCCUUCCUGUGCAGGAGGAUGUGUGUAAACUGGGGGAAGAGAUGGAGGGCUCCCUAGCCGUGUUCUGUGUGGCCACCUACGGAGAAGGAGACCCCACUGACAAUGCACAGGAGCUGUACGACUGGCUAAAGAAUGGAGAUGUUGAUCUCAGCUCUCUCAACUAUACUGUGUUUGCCCUGGGCAACAAGACCUACGAGCACUACAACGCCAUGGGUCGCUUCGUCGACCAGCGUCUUGAGGAACUCGGAGCCACCAGAGUCUUCCAGAGAGGAGAGGGGGAUGAUGACGCCAAUAUUGAGGAGGAUUUUGUGACGUGGUCCGAGGCGCUGUGGCCGGCCGUGUGCCAGAGGUUCGGAGUCGACAGUGCCCUGGACACAAGCAACGUCCGCGAGUACGCUAUCACCGUGCACUCUGACCUCUCCCCCGAGAGGGUCUUCACCGGCGAGCCGCUCAGACUUGGCUCCUUUGCCAACCAGAAACCUCCGUUCAAUAGCAAGAACCCAUUCCUGGCCCCGAUACGGGUGAUCCGUGAGCUCCACAAGGGAGGGGAGCGAUCCUGCAUGCACGUGGAGCUGGACAUCGCUGGCAGUAGGCUCAACUACGUCGCUGGCGACCACCUGGCACUGUUCCCGUCCAAUGACCCCCGGCUGGUGGACAGGGUCGGCGAGCUCCUGGGAGUGGAUCUAGACACCGUCUUUUCUCUUACCAGCACCGAUGAGGCAGCUACAAAGAAAACCCCCUUCCCUUGUCCCACCACCUACCGCACGGCGCUCUCCUACUAUGUCGACAUCACCUCCCCUCCUCGUACCAACGUCUUGAAGGAACUGGCCGAGUACGCCACUGACCCUAAAGACAAGGAAUUUCUCCUGAAGAUUACUUCCUCCAGUGAUGACGGCAAACACCAAUACAGAGAGUGGGUGCUGGAGGACCGAAGGACGCUAGUGGCAGUUCUGGAGGAUCUCCCAUCGUCUCAGACCUCCUCUGGACCACCUGGUGGAGCUCCUGCCUCGACUCCAGGCCAGAUACUACUCCAUCUCCUCCUCACCCAAGAUGAACCCGACGUCAGUCCACGUCACGCAGUGUUAAUUGAUUACACCACUCGUACUGGGCGGAGAAAUAUGGGUGUGGCCACAGGGUGGCUCAAGAGACACCAACAGAAGGUUCAGAACGGUGAGGUGGUGCUGGCUCCAAUCUCCAUCCGUCACUCGAGCCUCCGUCUGCCCUACCACUCCAGUAAGCCGGUCAUCAUGGUGGGGCCCGGGACCGGACUGGCUCCGUUCAGAGGCUUCAUCCAAGACAGAGCGGCUGCCAAACAGUCAGGUAAAGAGCUUGGGGAGACGGUACUGUUCUUUGGCUGUCGCCACAGAGCCGAGGACUACAUCUACGAGGAGGAGUUGGAGGGUUACCGUGACAACGGGGUCCUCAGCGGUCUCCAGGUGGCCUUCUCACGAGACCAGGCCGACAAGGUCUACGUCCAGCACUUGCUGAGGGAGAGUGGAGCUGCGGUCUGGGAGCUAUUGGAGAAACAGGGUUACUUCUACAUCUGUGGCGAUGCACGUCACAUGGCCAGAGAUGUGAUGGGGGCUCUACUGGAGCUGAUCCAGGACAAUGGACACAUGGACUCACAGGCUGCCAGCGAGUACGUCAAGAAACUGCAGAAGAGAAAUCGCUUUCUGCAGGACGUGUGGAGUUAGGCGAAUUAUAGACCAAUUGAUUAUCUAGGGAAAUUCUGUUCAUAGGAAAAGGAAAUAUGGAUCCGACUUUUGUAUACACACAAUUGAAACCCAAUACGGACAUACGUAUACACAGCCAUUAACAGUAGUGCAUGUGCAUGUGACUAGAUGAAUGUAUGCGUAGUAGUGUUGUGUGGAGGUCUGCUUUCACAUGGUGUGGUGUGUACAUAUUAUACUGCUGUCAUGUGAUGGGGAGCUCAAGUCGAGCAGCAGUGCCGACUAGGUCCAUGGCACAGGAAUCGAAACUCAUGCGGUACUUUAUCAUACUCAGCAGGGUGUUGUAGUGAACCACAGCCGCACACACCACGCAGACGUGGAAUAUCUGAUGGCUGCUGGCCCAGGUGUUGAAUUUGCCGGGGAAGAUCCUCUCGGGGAACCGAACCACAUAGAGAACCGCUCCAACGAUGUAGAGACACGCCAUUACUAGAAGACCUUUCCCGGCGUCGAUGACAUGUUGCUUCUCGAUGCCUUCUUCAGCAAUGACGUGGACGGCAGGGACGACGCCGUAUACACCAAACGCGACAAACGUUGUGAACCGCAGCGGUCGGUAUUCGUGCGCAGCAAAACUUCUCCCAAAGCGAGAACACCACGCAAGCCACGCAGAGUACACCGGUGACAGCCAUGUGCGUGUACUUUGCCGCGUCGCUGCAGUAGAAUCCGUAAUAGUAGGCGGGGAUGCUGGAGCCUGUGAUGAGAAUGGCGAUCCCAGAGUAGUCGAGACGACUGAAUAUCUUGUAGACGGACUGCGAGUGGUUGCUGAAGAGAUGAAACAGUGCUGAGAAGGAGAGACAGAUCAUGGCCGCGAGGAAGAAGCAGAAGAGCAUGGCCUGCUCAGUGGCAGGGAGUUGGUAGAUCUCAAUGUCCUCAAACAGAAACGUGAUGUAGUCGCCGUAGACAUAGAUCCCAAGGCAGAGGGCAACAAAGAAGGCAAACCCCAGGAAGUGGGUCCAGAUGUUCCAUGUCUCCGUGUGCAUGCGGAACAUGCUCUUGAAGCAGCCGAGAAACGAGUGCAUCGGUGGGCGAUGCUCUGCCGUCAGGUACUCGUUGUCUUGUAGCCAUUUCGGGAGCUUAUCGAACGGGAGAGCUGUCCAGGCGUAGUGAGAAACUCUCUCAAUGUUGGCUCUUGUCUUCUCCACCUUCUGCAUGAUGUGUGCCUCCAGCUCUCCCACCUUCUCGCUGAUCUUCCUCAGGGAGGCCGCCAUCAGGGAACUGUCGCUAUGGACGCUGGAACUGUCAUCGUCUUCUUCCUCUUCUUCCGUUUCCUCCCGUUCCUCGCUAUCUCCAGUCUCUUCCUCGUCCUCUGUUGUACCCGCGGGGAGCAUCAUAUCUGUCUGCCCUGAAGAUCCGUCGUGGUUCCUUGCAUCAUCCCUCGGUUCCUCGCCUCUUUCAUAAUCAUCUCUUUCGCUAACCGGUGGUUGCUGCCCUUCACCCCGAUCUUUGGGAUCAUCUGGCGUCUCUCUACUCUCCGCUUCUUCCGUCGGUUUGACUCGACGACGCCUUCUUUGGACCGAGCCCGUGCUCGACCUCCUCCAUUGUCUCUCCUGAGCUGAGAUCGACUGACUGCGUU